UGAAUCUACUUAGAAAAAAUAGGUGGUAAUAAGAAAAACUCGGGUUCAAAGAAAAAUCAUCCGUACAAAACUCAAGAACCACAAGUACUUUCCAUAAAUAGAUAUAAGAUGAUAUGUUCUUUUGUUGUUUUGUCUAUUUAUUUUCUAUAAAAGGAUAUGUUUGGUUGGAUCUAUCAUAGUCCUCUCAAUCAUAACUCAUAAUUUUUUUUCCACCCCCAAAAAAUAAAUUUACAAAUAAAGCUCCCAAAAUAAAUCUAAGCGAGGGGGAAGACACAAGAGUUAAAGGAUAACGACAUUAACAAUGGCCAAAUUCUUCAUCCUGUUCCUUGCAUCUGCCAUAUGUUCCACCACCCUCCUUCACUUCGCGGCCGCUGAUGCCGAUGACUUCGACCGCUUCAACAUCACGGGCUCCGUCUAUUGCGACACAUGCCGCGUCCAAUUCGUUACCCGCCUCAGUAAAUUCCUCGAAGGGGCAAAGGUAAAGCUUGAGUGUAAGAGUCGUGUGAACCAGACCGUGACAGUGACCAAGGAAGCUAUGACCGACAAAGACGGAAAGUACCAGAUGGAAGUUAUGGGAGACCACGAAGAGGAAGUGUGUGAGAUCAUCCUCGUCCAAUCACCGGACGCAGAGUGUGGCGAAGUAAACAACGAAGAGUUCCUAAGAAACGCAGCAAGGAUCAGUCUCACGGCUAACGAUGGCAUUGUCUCUAACGAGGUUCGAACCAUUAACCCACUUGGGUUCAUGAGGAAGACUCCUCUCGCUGAUUGUCCUCAAGUUUUCAAGGAGCUUGGAAUCGUCCCUGAUGUCAUCUUCUAAGCUUAAUACCGAUAUACAUCCAUUUUAAUUUUUUUUUGUAACUUUAUAUUUCGUAUAUAAAACAUUUAUAUAUGAUUUUUACAUGUUGUCGGUCUGAGAUACUUAACUAGUGCUGUUUUCUUUUGUUUCAUAUCUUGUGUUUGUGUUCCAACAACCUUUUCAAAAAUGAUUUGAUUAACUUC